CCCCUUCAGUAUGAAGCCGACGACCGUGCCAGCUGUAGCGGCUGCACCUGUCGCACCGUCCUCGACGACGCGCGACCACUACCGUGUACUCCGCCGCGCCUGCGACCCGCGUUCCUCCUGAUCGGACCGGAAGACGAGAAUCCCCGCGCACGAGAAUCUCGAAAUUUCAUUUCUUCUCGUCUCGUCGGCGGAGAUCCUUCCGAGAGCGUAAGCGGAUCGAUCGUCAUCGGCCGCACGGCCGGAAGGAGAACCGCGAUCGCGAGUCCUUUUGUUUCUGCUCCUUUCUCUCUCCUCUUCUCUCGUUCCCCUUCUCCUCCCCGCCGACGAGGAGCAUCGAGAUUUGUUUGAGACGCGUGCUCGUGCACGUGUCGCACAUCCAAGUGGACAGAGAUAAUCGCAUGUGCAUCCGGUACGCACGUUACGAGUAGUCGUCGCGGGUGUGGAGGAACUGUGAUACGGACGUGGCGCCGGCCUCCUGAACUAAAAGUGAAAACCUGUCCUUCGUCGUUUCGCUCAGCGCCUUGGCUCAUCGGGGCUCCUGUCGGUGAUAACCUUGGCAAUUAGACGAGGGGAGACAGGGCUUCGCGGAUAGUGCGACGAUCACUCGUCGCGGCAAGACUUCGUGAUGCCACCGCCGUAUCAUCGACAUCGUUAGCGGCGGGCCUUCGCGAUGGCCUCGAUCUUAGGAGACGGAACGGGCCCCGGAGGCCCCGGGCCCUCCCGAUGCCUCUUGCUCCUGCAGAGGUCCCUGGCGAUUCAGCUGAUCCGAGGAUCGGCUCCUCACGUCACAAACGCCGGCCAACGGGAAAGUCCGAAGGAACAUCCAGCCGACGAGAUGUGGAUGUAUGACAAGGGCUACAAUCUGUUUCAGAGUUUCUUGGAAGCGAAUUCUAAAUGCUGGUGGAACGCUGCCCUGGUGGAUGCGACGCGGCAGCUAAGGUACAAAGGUCACGUGUCGCCGGGUGUGCUGAUGGUUAGCGGACCGCCCUGCGCCCUCGAGGUUUUGAGGGCGGCAUGGGCGCGAAAUGUUCUACGACCACCCGCGGAUCACUCGAUCACCUGCCUCGGUGAUAUAGAGGAUUGUCUAGUGGCUCCAGUUUCUCAAGGUCAGUUCACGCCGCUGCCAGAAGCCUUGUGCUGGGCUAUUCUGGAGCUGACUUCCCAGAGGCAGGCGGCGACCUUGGACACCCUCAGAUCAGCCCUGAGGAACGCCUUCCCGGCAAUGCAGAGGCCCAGCCGAGAGCUCGUUUAUGACGCGCUCGCCAAGCUCAUGCAAGAGCGGAAGAUCUAUCACACAUCUCAGGGCUACUUCGUCGUAACGCCCGAGACGAAAAGGCUUAGACGCGACUCCGGUAGCUCCAGGCGGUGUUCCAGGGAUAUGAACGGGUCCAGAGGUCAGGGUAGUAUGCUGAUGAGCAACGACGAGGCGAUGGCACUCGUACAUGGCGAGAUGCUUACUCUGCGAGACGGCGAUGUUACGCAUCAGGCUGUACAGACGAACCUGGCGGACGUUAUUUGCGGAGGAAAUCCCAACGAUAAGGUCCUGUUCGCCAGGUGUCGGUCGAUGCCCGGCCGUCUCGAGAGGCGACACUCUCUGCGGCUUUGGGGCUCGGCCAGACGUUUACACAGAAGCGGAAGUUCACGGUCCCUGCCACGAAGACCAGAAAGGAGCGACACGUCUUCCAGCGCGGAAUACGCGAGCACGGAUAGCGCGCCUCACAGUCCAACCAGUUUUUCUGGGAUUUUUUCAGAAAAGAUAGGCCUGCUCUCAAGGCUCUUUCGGCGGAGUACAAGGAGGAAGGGCGCACCAUUAAUGGGCACUUUCAGUGCUCAGUAUCCCCCCACCGAGUGGUUUAAUCCGCGCGUUGUGCAUUUGCAUAGCGUUGCCACGCAGACAAGGGCCGCCAGCCCUUCGAUGAUGGAGGGCUUAGAUCAAUCGCAGGCCAGUUUCCAAGUGUGGGAUGACUCGAGCUCGGUGCGAUCGGCCACUUUGCCAAGGCGACAUCGGCGCCAAGCGAGCGGUGACUCUUCGAGUUUGUUGGCCAAUUCGACGCCAAGGAGCUCCCGAAGACAUCGAUCACCGUGUUCCACUCUACCGAGAUCCAAAUGCUCCAGCCUAAGCAGAUGCACGUCCAGAGCGUCCGUUCUACCGUCCAACACCACUAAUCAGGAUGCCUAUCAAACGCGUAAUCCAACGCAAAAUGAUAAAAAUUCAACGAACUCGUCGCCUAGCAGAAGCGGUGGUAGCUCUGGCUCGGUUAGAAUGAUGAACGCCACUCCAGCUAAAACGACCACGUUGGGUAGGCCCAACACAAGGCAGUCCAACUCCAGAAGGCCGAGUCACGAUUUCAGCAACGGCGGCACUAAGUCGGCCAACGGUUCUCCGCAGCAUAAGGUAUUACAAAAAACUUCGUCGGGUCACUCGUCUCAUUCUAGCGGCAAGUCGAUUUCAAGUACAAAAUUGACUUGUUCGCCAUUGAAAAUGGCCAUGCUGUCGACGAAAUCGUCACCGCUGAAAGUCGUUCAGCAAGGUUCGCUGACUCCUCUUCAAGAGGCGCAGAAUUCAAUAACCCUUCAGGUGUCCACCAAUCUGAGUCCGUCGUCGCAGGAGCAACGGACGAUACAGAAUAGCGUGACGCUGGCGUCCAAUACGACCAGCACGACGACUAUUUCCGGCUCGCCCGGCACGAAGAUCUACGUUCAGCAGAAUAACUCACCGAUGAGGUCCGUAAUCACUUUCGAGAACGGCACGAUGAAGACGAAGAUCGCCGAGAAGGAAGUCAUCGACUGCAAGGAGAAGCAAGAGAGGGAGCUGGUGACCGAGAAGGCCUACAAGACUCGGGUGGAUGACGAAAAGCUCUUCAAGUCAAAACUAGAUGACGAAAAGCUGAACAAGUCGGUCAAAGCUGAACGUCCGUCGUCGCUCUACACGCCGAAGGAACCAAAAACGAGUCUUCUACUCUCAGAAUCUGACAAGGAGAACAAACCGAAACUCGAGGAGGAAGUGCCUAGCAAACUGAAACUGACGAAUCGGCUGAACAACAGUCAGGUCCAUCUGAUCGAUGGCUCGAGCAAUAAUGUCGACAAGAAUGCUCUGGCGCACGAAGCCACCGCGUUGUCCACCACGAAGAACACCAACGACGCGAUGAACAACUCGCGCAAGCUUAGCCUGUCGCUGUCGAAGGACGCGCUGAGUUACCGCAAUCUAUUGCAUCCAGGUUCAAAGAACAACAUCGCCUCGAAUCCACCGUCGCCCACCAAAUCGUACGAUGGUUUCGGCGGCUCCUUCAACGAUGUUUACAUCGAGAACCUCGAGACGGUGAAGCAGCAGCGGGCCCCCCAGGGCUCCGAGCCAAAUCUGGAGAAGACCGUGAGUCGUGGCUCGGAUCUCCAUUCUUAUCCCAGUCUUAGCGACAUGCAGGUGCAAUUCACCAGUCUAGCGGCGCAAAAGAUUCUCAAGGGCUGCCCGAUCAACAGCGUGGACACCUUGGUAGAGGUGAACAUGGCAGCCGCCGAUAAGCCCAACAACUGUGACGUCACCGUUCAUACGGAUUUCGGCCUCGUUUGAAUUUUACUUCCACAAACACAUCCAUCGAUUAACGUGAAAACGUAGGCAAGGAAUUGUUGAUCCUUGCAUUCGAUCCAAGCAUAUUGCGUCCAUGAAGAAUAACGUGCCUCGAAGCGAAUAUCGGAGAUAACGCCUUUCAUCUCAUACAUGAGGAUAAAGAGCUUUUAUUUCUUCUUUAUUUUGUUUCUUAGUGAAAAGGCCACGGCUCGCGUAAGAAUGUUACACACGAAACACGCGUAACAGUUACCAAUGAUCUGUCGCUUAUCUCUCCUCUCUGUGUCUCUUAACGAGCAUCCGUGUUUUCGAAUGAUCGCUGUGCCAAUCUCAUUUAUAUUUUUUCACAUUCAAACGAGGAAACUUUCGAUCUCGCUUAUUAAUAAUCACUUGCCUUAUCAAGCGAAAUCCGCCCUCUCUCAAAGAUGCUAUCUCAAAAUCAAUUCUUCAUUACUGGACACUGACCAGGAUACCGAUUUUAUUUUUUAGACAUUGAAGUUCAGAUUAAAUUAAAAAUCGAAUAAUUAAUGUGUGAGACGUAUUCUGUUUUAUCUUCGCAUUUCGUUAAAAUCACAAAAGAUAUCGCAGAUCUUUUCUCUUUUCAGUUCAUUAAGGCAAGUGACGAUCACCCCGUAUUUUCCACAAUAUCGCAAUAUAGAAUCAGUUCUUAGUAACUCAAAUAUACAUUAUUCGAAAGUACACUUGGCUUUUUUUCUGGGAACAUACAUAGAUUCAAGGGACGCGCGUAUUACAAUCGUUGUAACAUCGGUGGUUUUGCGUCGCUUUACUCGAGCUAAAGCGAUUUGUCAAAGCAAUAACUCGUGUACAACAGUCACACGCGACCCGCAAGGAAGCCAGCAAAGAAAAGAACUAGAUUCUCGAUAAAAAAAAAAAAUGAACUUCGUCAAUUUAAGCCACUGCCAUGUUUAUACGUGCAUGUAUCUCAGACGAUUUCUCGUAUUGAUUUUCUCGCUCUGCCACAGCGAGGUAAAAAGGAGCUUCAGGCCUUCGUAGCCAAGUAUAAGAUUAAAUGGAAGUUUUGUAACGCGAUAUGUAGGCAGGGAUAUUCUUAAUAAAACAUUAAUAACUCUCCGACGAUAAUACCGCAAUGAAGCGGGGAACAAUGGCCUUUUAUAACUCGCGCGUUAUUAGGCGCGUUAUUAACUGCGCGAGCAGCUGACAAAUUAAUCGCAAAACCAUCUCCAGGAAGGCCACGAUAACACGGUGGAAAAGAAAAAA